AGAAACAUCUUAUCUCUCUCCCUCACGGACGGGUACAUUCUUCUUUUAAAUUGUUCGAUUUUAGAGAGAGAGAGAGAAAGUAGUGAUUUGUUGUUUGAUUCUGUCGUCGUGCUUUUUGCUUCUAAUUUGGAGCAACAGUGUUGUGUCGUGGAUUUUAGAAGUGUUGACCUUGCGGUCCACCACCUAGGCCCGGCGCCAGCCUUUGUCUGUACCUUUAUACGGGCCCUGGACACGCCUCCCCCUCCCCGCGAGUCGAACAGCCGACCUCCCCCUCCUAAGGAGGUAGUACCACUAGACUACGAGGUCCUGGGUGACGGUUUGUUCUUCAAGAUCCAUAUCAUCAUCAUGGGCAAGCCUGCAAAGUGGUUUAAAAAUGUACUACUUGGAAAGAAAUCCUCCAAAUCUAGCAGCAAUGUUUCGAAAGGAUAUUAUGAGAGAGUUGUGAGCGGGAACGAGCUAGUGGUGGUUACUGCAAUGGUAGAAGUAUCCGAUCUCCCACCAUCUUUUGCAAAUGCUGCAGCGUCUAAUACCACCGUUCAUGGAAGCAGUGGUGUAUCAGAGACGCAACAUGUAGAACCUGAAGAGAUCUCAGAUGAUGAAACACAGCUUCCAGAUAGCAAACCAUCAGAUGCUGCACCAUCUGAUGCAGAGAGAAUCCAACAAGAGAUUGCAGCAACGUUGGUCCAGGCUGCGUUUAGAGGCUACUCGGCUCGGCGUGCCUUUUGGGCACUCAAAGGCAUAAUAAGGCUACAAGCACUUAUCCGUGGUCACCUGGUUAGGAGGCAAGCUGUUGCAACUCUCUGCUGUGUCAUGGGAAUCAUCAAGUUACAAGCGCUUGCUCGAGGAAAAGAGAUCAGAAACUCUCACAUUGGAGUUCAAGUUCAAAGGAAAUGCAGACUCCAGAUGCUUCAGGAGAACAAGGUUGGGAACUCUACAGGUGCUUACCUUGGAAUCAAGAAACUAACAGCCAACGCUUUUGCUCUGAAGCUUCUUGCUUCAUCGCCAAAAGUGAUACCCGUACACAUACCCUAUGAUUCAUCCAAUCCAAACUCAAGCUCUAUCUGGUUAGAGAACUGGUCAGCCUCAUGCUUCUGGAAACCAGUUCCUCAACCUAAGAAGACAAUGGGGAGAAGAGUUACUGACGCUGACUCCAAACCCAAGAAGAGUGCCUCAGUAAAGACAUCUUUUGAGUUUGGUAAGCACAAACGCAGCUUCAGGAAAGUUUCAAGCCAGUCUGUAGAACCACCUGCUGUUGAAGAUCCUCAGGUUGAGCUUGAAAAGGUUAAACGUGGCUUGAGGAAGGUGCAUAAUCCUGUCGUUGAGAGCUCUAUCCAACCUCAACCAGUUCCUCAUAUAGAAGUUGAGGAGACAAAGCAUGAAACCAUAGAAGAACCUGUGAAAGUCUUUGAGGUAAACAAGAAGCAAGAAGUGCCUGAACAGCCUGAUGAGGUGGAAGUACAUACUCCUGGACCAUUGGAAACCAAUGAAGCACUAGAUUCCUCACUGGUCAACCAAAUUGGUGAAGCUAAAGAUGCAAGGGAAGAGAAAACUACCAAACCAAACAAUAAAGAGAGUUCAGCAGGGAAGGAGAACCAGAAGUCAAGGAGAAAGGGUUCAGCUACUAACAAGACCGAGCGUGAAGAGAGUAAUGGGCAUCAUCAUCAUCAUCAGACUAGUCCAUCAAUCCCAAGCUAUAUGCAAGCAACUAAAUCGGCGAAAGCAAAGCUGAGGCUGCAAGGCUCACCAAAGUCUGCUGAGCAAGACGGGAAUGAGAAAGCCAAUGUUCCUAGGCGUCACUCUCUACCAUCUUCAGGUAAUGGUAGGAUCACCUCUACUAGUUCUCCGAGAACAACGAGACUCGCUAGCUCAGGUGACAAAACCGGGAAUAAGAAGGAGAAACCUCUUCUGUCAUCUGCAAAGACAACUCCGGUAGAGCGCAAGAGGUGAUUGAUGAUAUCAGAAAGUUGUCGUUGUUGAUUCUACAAUAGCAACAUUGUCAACAUGAGGAAUAUAAAAGCUAGAUUUAAAGUCUGUGACUGUGUGUGUGUUUAUGGUUUGGCCAAUUGUUACCGUUGGCUGCUGAGUAUCUGCAAUUGUGAGUGUGUCCUAAGCCGGAUAAUGUUACAUCACAAGGGUUGUGGAACUUGUUCUUUCUUCUUCUGGUUUUAUCAUUACAUAACUUUAAUUACUUUUUCAGAUUUAAGCUUUUUUUUUUUUUUUUUUUAAUGUUUAUAUGAAUCUGUGAUUAUCUAAGAAUGUUCUUCAUUGUUUACAAACUUUGGAUGAAGUUUAUAUGCUCGUUUCUUCUUUUGUCUCCCAUUUCUUCUUCCACUGAUCCUCUGUUACCCCUCUGAAGAGAUUCACCCAGAAAAUGUUUUAGCCCGAAUAUUUAAGCACAGAGAACCUGAAUAGUCUUAAGAGUAUUUUCAAAUAGAAGCUCGAUCUAAAAUGGUUUAACCCGAAUAUUUUAGCACAUCCACAGGUCUUGCCUACCACUUGACGACCACAGUAUGCGGGCGGUUUGCUCCAUCAUGACAAAGCAGAAUUACAAGAUACAAAUAUAUUUCUUAAUUUGAAGGUACAUAAACUUUUUUUUGAAGGGAUUCAACAAAAUUACAGGAUACAAAUA